CUUUUCUAAAACUUAGCACUAGUUUAAAAAUCACUCCACUUCUAUAUACUGUGAGAUUAGAAAAUUUCAUCAGGAUGACUUUCUCUGCAAAGCAAUCCUAUGCCAAGUUCACACUUUCUAAUCACCUCCAACCAAAACCCUCGGCUCCAAAACCUCAACAAAUCGCACCAUUCCCGUCGAAAUUUGCCGAAAAAUCCAGCAAAACCGGCGUCUUAGCCCUAAAACGUCUAAACGUAUCUUCCUCUCUCCGAGGUUUUAACUACUUGGCUGGCUCGAAAGAUGUGAAGCCGCGAGAUUCAUUAGUCCCCUGCAAAGCCUAUGAAGCCCACCGAAUUGAACCGAUAAAAAUCAAUAUCGAAUUCGACGAGGAAGCUAGGGAAGUUGCAGCCGGAAAGCUUAAGAUUGGGAUCUACUUUGCAACAUGGUGGGCUUUGAACGUGGUAUUCAAUAUAUACAAUAAGAUGGUCCUCAAUGCCUUUCCGUUCCCUUGGCUCACUUCAACUCUGUCUUUGGCUGCUGGGUCUCUCAUGAUGCUGGUUUCUUGGGCUACAAAGAUCGCCGAGGCGCCAAAGACCGAUUUUAACUUCUGGAAAGCUCUGUUACCGGUGGCUGUGGCGCAUACAAUCGGGCAUGUGGCGGCAACUGUGAGCAUGUCAAAGGUUGCAGUUUCAUUCACGCACAUAAUCAAAAGCAGUGAGCCUGCUUUCAGUGUUCUGGUCUCCAGAUUUUUCCUGGGUGAUGCUUUUCCGCCGGGGGUGUACCUCUCUCUCCUCCCAAUUAUCGGCGGUUGUGGACUCGCCGCAGCCACCGAGCUCAAUUUCAACUUGACCGGGUUUAUGGGGGCCAUGAUAUCGAACUUGGCAUUCGUAUUUCGAAACAUAUUUUCGAAGAGAGGGAUGAAGGGGAAGUCCGUCGGAGGAAUGAACUAUUAUGCUUGCCUUUCUAUGAUGUCUCUUUUGAUUCUCACCCCAUUUGCUAUUGCUAUGGAGGGUCCCCAAGUCUGGGCUGCUGGCUGGGACAAAGCAGUUUCUCAAAUUGGACCAAAUUUCAUAUGGUGGGUUGCGGCACAGAGUGUAUUCUACCACUUGUACAAUCAAGUGUCAUACAUGUCCCUAAACGAGAUUUCGCCCUUGACAUUUAGCAUUGGGAAUACUAUGAAGAGGAUUUCUGUUAUAGUAGCUUCCAUCAUCAUCUUCCAAACGCCAAUACAACCGGUCAAUGCACUCGGAGCUGCCAUAGCAAUUUUUGGAACUUUUCUCUAUUCACAGGCAAAGAAGUAAAGACUAACCGGGCCCGAACAUUGCGUAAAUUGGUCUGAAAUUGACCAUGGAGAUUUGCAAGUUGAUGUUACGAAUUUGGGCUAGAGGCCACAGCAUCAGAAGUUGAAUAUCUCAUGUCAUGGACAGGGGAAAACCAACUAUUAGGACUAGAACAAGUUGUAGGGAGAGAGCAACACAAUAUUUUUUCCUACGUAAGAAUAAGUGAAAUUGCAGUAUGUCAUUGUUUCA